AGUUCACUGGAGACACUCGUCCUGGACAGUGGGGCUGGGUUGUAGAGAGAACAGAAAAUUUUGGAUGCCGAAGUGGGUUUUCUUUGUUAUGAAGUGGGAAGAGACGCGGUGCUUCCAGAAAAAGAAAACGCAAACCAAAGUUGAAAUUGGUGCGCCGGCUUUCAAGUCAACCACACUUCUAUCGUGCUUUCAGUCUGAUCUGAGUCUCUAUCGAGGAAUGUUGUAUGUGUAAAACGUAGCUCGAGAAUCGUGUGCCAGAAUUUUUUUUUCAUUGAGUGAAUUGAUUAAAGUGCACGAGGAAGACCUCUUUCAAAGUGAGCGUGAUUGCAAAAGAGAUUUUCCUGGAUUUUUUAUAAAGAAAAAAAAAAAAGAAUCUCCUGCAAAGGAUGCAAUUUAAUUGACCAAAAAAAGGGUUUAUAUAAGUGAUUGAAUUGAAAACUAUCUUAGCGAAUUCACACAGCUUCAUUUGAGAAAAUUCUUCCCAUUUUAACCGGAGUGUUUCUAAAGUGCACUACGACAGUGUUGUGUUUGGGUGAUUGGGAUUUUACGAUUUAAAUAUAAAUUGAUUAGGGAAGACGUAAUGGAAGCGAAGAGUAUGCCUGAAAGUAAACCGAAUAAACAGAUGUAAUCGUCGGAAUUACACCAACAAGAUUUCCUCAAAAUCAACUCUGUGUGACGCUCCGUAAUUCCAGCUAAAAAUAUUCGCGUGAAAGGAGAAAAAAAAGAGAAAAGAAACCCGUUUUUACCUCAUUUUGGAUUCCUAAUAUUACCUACAUACAAAAGCAGAUAUCGGCAAUUCUUCAACGAUCAUUCGCGAAAGACAUUAAGAAUCUAUAUACACUGAAAUGCGCCAAAAGAGUUCUGUCUCUGCAAUUCCACAAUGUGAAGUUCAAGAAUAAUGUGCAUUGCUCCGGCAAAAGUAAUUGUAAAGCUGUGUAGAGUGGUUGUGGAUUGUUUUUAACGUCCACAAAAAAAAACACAAAAUUCUCUUGUGCGGGAAAAGACUAUAAAAGUUAUAUAUACAUACAUAAUUUGUGUGCAGAGACGCGGGAAGAAGGGGUCGUGAGCGGGUGUAAAUCGACAACUGGCGCAUUUGGACCUUCUCCACCCUUCGGACACUUAAAUCUUGUUGCCCAACAAAUAAAUAGCAAAUAUGACCCGAAUAUAUGUGAAAAUAUCGAAUGACAAAUUGAGCGGAACGGCAGAGUGUGGGGAAGGCACCACGGCGACCACCAUCUCGAGGAGGAGUACCAGGAAGAUGAAGAAACCUCACGUUUCAGCAAUGGGCUUCAUAUUCCUCCUGCUGACGGUGCUCGUGGAUUUGACCUCGUCGAGCUGGUGGCAGCUUCCCGUGAUUCCCUACUAUUACUCACACGGUGGACUACACAGUGAACCAUCGCAAAAAUUAGCACGAAGUCAGCUCUGCAAUAGCUAUGAGAAUUCAUCAUUUGAGGUGCGCAGAUUGUGCUCAAUCAGCAAUAAAGCCAUUGAGAUUGUUGUAAGAGGAGCUAGAAUUGGCGUAGAAGAGUGUCAGCAUCACUUUCGUCACAGCAGGUGGAACUGCACUGCAACACCUAAUUCAACAUCGCUCUAUGGAGAAGUUCCACUAACCAAAAGUCGUGAAACAGCCUAUAUUCACGCCAUCAAUGCAGCCUCAUUAGCAUGGUCCAUGACACAGGCAUGCUCCAAAGGAGAACUAACAGACUGUGGCUGCGACAACACAAAACGGAAGCGGAAGAAGAAAUGGCAAUGGGGUGGAUGCUCAGAUGACAUAAAUUUUGGUGUUCAAUUUUCACGAAAGUUCAUUGACAUCGAGGAGGAUAAUUCAACAGAAACAGGCCUAAUGAAUCUACACAAUAACGAAGCAGGAAGGAGAGCAUUGCGAUCUAGAAUGCAUCUAAUGUGCAAAUGUCACGGUAUGUCCGGUUCGUGCACAACUAAAGUCUGUUGGAAACGAAUGCCGUCCAUGCGUGUUGUUAGCGAAGCCCUCGGACAACUCUAUGAUGGAGCAUCUCACGUAAAGUUUAUUUCACGGGGCACAAAACCACCUAAGCUGAAACCCAAAGAAAUGGAUCACAAGAAGAUCAUGAAGACAGGACUUGUGUACUUGGAAGAAUCCUCUGAUUACUGUGAACGCAACGAAGAAUUGGGUAUUCUUGGAACACGCGGUCGUGUGUGCAAUCGAACAUCACCUGGUCUUGAUGGAUGUCGACUUCUAUGCUGCGGACGUGGCUACCAGACCCGCGUGCGGCACGUUGAGGAGAAAUGCAAUUGUCAAUUUGUGUGGUGCUGCAAAGUCAAGUGUGACAUGUGUAAUCACACAAGGGAGGAGCACAUUUGUAAUUAGAGCUCGAGAGCCAAAAAAAUAAAGAAGAAAAAACGAGAAAUUAGCAAGUAGUUUCAGAGUUAAUCCACAGAAUUAAUCUCCAUUUUUUUAUCAUACUGUAACACGCUGUACAUAUACGAGAUAUUUAUAAGUUAUUUAUUGCCAAAUGGCGUAACAUUGCAACAUUAUGUAGAUGUAUGUCCUCCCCAUCGAUAUUUUUUUUAUUAAAUUUUAUCUAUUAUUUUAAAAGUUUUUUUUUUUUUGUAAAACCCUGCAAUAUUGUACUUAAAAAAUAUUUGAUAAGAUUAAUUUUAUUUUGAAAUUGUUAUAAAUUCCAAAGGCAGUUUGGGGUAUUCUGGCAAAAUAAAAGAUUUUUGAAAAAUAAAGAAAGAAUGAAAAAAGAAAUCAUUAAAUUUUCUUUUACAAAACACCCCUUAAAUAGUAUAUUGAGAGUAAUUUUUUGUACCCCAACCUCCUCCCCUAUAGCAUAGAAAAGUUCAGAGCUCUAAGAGAGAGGGAGAGAUCUUAUUAAAUAGGGUGUCAUGGAAUUUUUAAAAGAAAUUUAAAUAAUUUCAUGGCUUUGCCAUGGGGAGUAUCAAUCGAAAAAUGCCAAAGCUUCACUGAAUUUUUAUACGCAAUAAGUAUAAUAAGAAAAUAAAAAAUAAAAAUAAUAUAAGUAGCAUAACUAUAAAAAAAAAUAAUAACGAAAAAUCAACCUACAUAAGUAUCAAAAUAAAGAUAAAUAUUGAGAAAAAAAUACACAUAAGUCACAAAUAAUGAGGAAAAAAAAUCUACUAAAUUGUGCAUUUAAUACUCACAGAAAAAAUGAAGAAAAAAUAGUAUUAUAUGUAAUAAUUCAUGAAUUAGAGUUCAUGUUUUUUUAGCAGCUUCGAUUUCGAACAAAAGGGUUACAUAGAAAGAAAAGAAAAGAAAGAAUAAACCGUGUAGUAGAUGUAAAAAAAAUUGAUGUAAUUAAAGUAAUUUAUUAUUGUAUAAUCUUUCCAAAAAAAGGUAGAAAUUUUAGGCUGAGCGAGAGAACAUGAAGCACAACUUUUAUUCUGAAAUAAAGGCUAAUGACGAUGAAUUUUUUUCAUUGAGAAGUAUUUCAUUUUGAAUUUAAUCUCCAAUAGACACUAUAAACGCAUUUUAAAGUAUAAAUGAUGAUGAAAAACAAUUUGUGUAUGAGAUGUAGUAUUAAAAAGUUUCAA